UCUUCCUUCUUUCUUCUUCUUCUCCUUCUUUCUUAUUCUUCUUCUUCUUCUAGAACACGGCCCAGUGGCCGCACGGCCAGGCGAGCUUGGGGCUUUGGCAGCCAAGACUCCGCGGGGCAGCGGGGCUGUGCCACUGCCAGACGGAGGGCGCGAGGGGUGGAGUGGCCGUUUCGGCCCACGGCUGCCCCUGUCUCGGGCGUGCCAAUGUUCGACUAUAGUCAGGAGCGAAAGAGGAACGUACACGUACAUGAAUCCACGCUGGUUUCGAGAUUUCGCAUUGCGCGAAUGGUCGUAUCACGCGGCCGGUCUCGCGGGUCAAGGGACCGUGUUCAUGUAUAUAGCUGGGCGCGUACGUCCUUUGUGGGCUCCCUAUAUAGGGGAUCGAUUGCAUAAUUGAUUUAUACCCUGAAAUUGAUUUCCCCGUCGGAUCUGCGAACAAGUGCGUAGAGUGCUCCGUAGAUCUCGGAGCAUCCUGCGCAUGUCUCGCAGUUUCGGCUGAGAGAUGGAUUUUGGGGUAAAUCAGGUGUGUAGUCGAUCUCCUACUCGAAAUGUCCUCGUUCAUCGCAGUCCCCGUUCAAGAAUCUACGGGGCCCUGACGAGGCGCCCGGGCAUCUCUGGUUCGCUGGACCGCCUGGUCCGACGCGGUCCAAACAGAAGAUCGGGGAGAUCGUCGGUCAGCAUGUCACCUGACACUGUUUCGGGGCCGUGAAGAGGUGCCUUCUGGAGGUGCAGGCCAGUUUCACAACCGUCAAGGAGUUCAGCUUCGUGCCGUUUUCGUAUUACACCCAGUCCGACGACCUGGUGGCUGGGUGCGUGAAGGCCGGAAUGAACAGCUGGAGGGUUGAGAGAAAUCUGGUUGUCUGCCUGCCCCGCAUUUGCACCCCGAGGUUCAUGGCGGCAGGGUUGCUGAAGCACACGGUUCCGGCGCUCUUGGUGCGCGAUGUCGCUGGCGUGGACCUCGACUCCGCAUCCGUGAAUAUCACAGACGCGGUGCGGUUGCAACCGUUGAGUUCGGUACACCUGGACUUCAUCAUCGCUGGUUACUGCCACUCAGGGACAACCUCGCUCCACCACCACCUUCGCUCGCACCCGAGCGUGGACAUGUGGCACAAGGAGGUGCACGAGCUCCUCUGGCAGCCGGUGUUCACAAGGGCAGAGCUGAGGCACCUGACCAGCAUGAGGAGGGACAGGACGCGGGGCAUCCGCUCCACCUGGGCUGGAACGGCCCCUGGCCUCUUCAACAGGCUAAGCGCCCUGCCCAGCAGGCCAAAGAUGAUCGUCAUGGCCCGCGACCCCCUCUCGCAGCUGGACUCGAUACUGAGCCACGGCACGACCGCGUUCUUCAACCCGAUCGGCCAGGAGUUGGGCAUGGACCUGGUCAGGACGGGGACCAACGCCGUGUACAACAUGCAGGCCAGUAUGUUGGAGGAGCGCGUGCUGGUGGUGCCCACGCUGCGGCUCUCGAUCGCGCCCGACGAGACCAUCCGGGGCCAUGGCCACGGUGCAGCACUGGCUCGGGCUCCCGCCGGACCACGGCCACAGGCGGCACGGGCGUCGCCACGUGCGGCCCACGCGCCUGCCGGUGCGCGGCCGGCAGACGCUGUGCGACGUGCCCGCCAGCUGGCGGCCCGACUCGGUGGCGGAGCUGGGCGGCCUGGGCUUCCUGGACCUGCUGCACGGUGCCCUCGCGCGGGAACGGGAGCGGCUGAGGCCGGAGAAGAGGAAAAGCACACGGCAUGAGCAGAGGCUAGCCAGCGUGGGCCCCAAACAGC